AUGUGUACCAUUGGACUGUCGAAAUCAAACACUAAAACAUCCAAAAAAGCGUCCUUCAGUGUUGAAAAUAUAUUAUCGUGUAGUUCAUUUUCUCACAGUGAUUCUUCCGCAAAAAUUCCUAAACCAUCGCCGGUGAAUCCGCUUGUCACAACUUCUGUGGUCACGAUUCCAUCUAUUUCACGAGUUUCACAGUCUGAGACAUCAAAUUCCGGGUAUUCAUUAACAACCGACCCAGCUGGAAUGUUUUUGCUACCUAGUUAUAUUCAUUCUAUACCUAGUGGUACUUCCGCAGAUAGUUGUCCCGGAUCAACAAAUGAUUCGUUUCUUGCACACUACCCUUGGCAAGCAACUUCAUCGGAACAAUCCUCCUCUCCUCCUGAACAUAAAAGUUUAGCAGCUAUGGGCAUAACGAAAUGCUUAUUGCGGAAGCAUAAGAAUAACCGUAAACCGAGGACACCAUUCAGUACUCAACAGCUGCUGUCACUGGAACGAAAAUUUCAACAAAAGCAAUACCUGUCGAUCGCUGAACGUGCGGAAUUCAGCGCAUCCUUACAACUUACCGAAACACAAGUCAAAAUAUGGUUUCAGAAUCGCCGAGCGAAAUCAAAGCGACUUCAGGAAGCAGAAGUUGAAAAAGUAAAAUUUGCUCAGGCAAGCGCAUUUGCAGCUGCAGCUGUUGCAAAUGCAGCCGUAAGUGGUACUUCAAAAACUUAUAUUCCGUUCGCUUACAAUCCUCACUGGUGA